AUGGCAGAACUCGCUCCCGCCGCCGCGCCGGCCAAAGCGCCCAAGAAGAAAGCAGCUUCAAAGAGCAAGAAAUCAGGUCCGAGCGUCGGCGAGCUCAUCAUCAAAGCGGUUUCUGCGUCGCAGGAGAGGAGCGGCGUGUCCCUCUCCGCCUUGAAGAAAGCUUUACAGGCCGCCGGAUACGAUGUGGAGAAGAACAACUCCCGCGUCAAAAUCGCCGUCAAGAACCUUGUGAGGAAAAGCGUCCUGGUGCAGACCAAAGGUACCGGUGCGUCUGGCUCUUUCAAGCUGAACAAGACGCAGACCGCAGGCAAGAAGCCCGCCAAGAAAGCAGCGCCCAAAGCCAGAAAGGCGGCCGCUAAAAAGCCAACCGCGGCUAAGAAGCUCAAGAAGGUAGCGGCCAAGAAACCCGCCGCCAAGAAGUCUCCUAAGAAGGCGAAGAAGCCCCCCGCCGCCGCCAAGAAAUCCACCAAGAGCCCGAAGAAGGCGAAAAAACCGUCGACCCCCAAAAAGGCUGCCAACAGCGCGAAGAAGACAAAAACUGCCAAGCCCAAAGCCGUAAAGCCCAAUACGGCCAAGGCGAAAAAGGCGGCCCCCAAAAAGAAUGUGCUCAGGCAUGGUCACUUCUAACCUUGCGCAGCUGUUGGGCUGCUGUUGAGUCGAAACACCCCAGCCGCUGGGUCACACUACAUUUAAAAGCACUGUUUUUUCCCCAAUGAACAGUCUUUGUGCCCGGGAAGACGACGACUGGCAAGGGGGCAGUUUAAAGCUACACAGAUUAAGGGUUGUAAUAUUAUGAUGUGCUUAUACAAACUCUCCCUGCUGUAAAGGCAGCAAAAUUA